GCACGGGUUGGGGGAGAUAUGGGAGUCCUCCCCAUUCCGCACACUCUGACCUCCGAGGAAGAUUAACCACUUCUCUCCCGUCUCUCUCUCCCCACUCUGCCUUUCUACAUCCAGGAUCAUUCUACCUCGACUUUCCCUCAAUAAGAACUCCGUAACCAGCUUCUCCUGCCCCUCUCCCAAGGGCCGGACACCUGAGGACCCCCCCUCUUCUAGCUGCCCCCCAGGGACUGACGGGAUUCUUGGUAGGGCCCUGGGGGGGCAAGGGGAGUAGCACUUGUACCAGAGCCCCCCCACCUGGUCCUUCCCCUGGCCAGGAUGGGUCAGCCUGGGGCUCCUUGUUAGCCAGGACUUUACCCAGCAUCUUCUUGGCAGAGUGGGCAUCUGGGGGAGGGGGCUUUGCCAGCCUUCCCUCAUACCGCUGCCCUCCGUGGCCACCAUGGACACCAAGCUGCCCCCGGCGAGCACCCCGACCAGCCCUUCGUCCCCGGGGCUGUCUCCGGUGCCCCCACCUGACAAAGUAGACGGCUUUUCUCGGAGGUCCCUCCGGCGCGCCCGGCCCAGGCGUUCCCACAGUUCUUCCCAGUUCCGAUACCAGAGCAACCAACAGGAGCUCACACCCCUGCCUCUGCUCAAGGACGUGCCAGCCUCGGAGCUGCACGACCUGCUGAGCCGGAAGCUGGCCCAGUGUGGGGUCCUCUUUGACUUCCUGGAUUGUGUGGCCGACCUGAAGGGGAAGGAGGUGAAGCGAGCGGCCCUCAACGAGCUGGUGGAGUGCGUGAGGGGCACCCGGGGUGUCCUCAUUGAGCCAGUGUACCCCGAUAUCAUCCGCAUGAUCUCCGUGAAUAUCUUUCGGACGCUGCCACCCAGCGAGAAUCCUGAGUUUGACCCCGAAGAGGAUGAACCCAACCUAGAGCCUUCCUGGCCCCACCUGCAG